UCAAUCCCACCACUGCUGUUACCAUGACAACUGCUCCUCCAACAACCACUGUGACAUCAGCGACUGUUGCCGUGACAACUGCUCCUCCAACAACCACUGUGACAUCAGUGACUGUCGCCGUGACAACUGCUCCUCCAACAACCACUGUGACAUCAGCGACUGUCGCCGUGACAACUGCUCCUCCAACAACCACUGUGACAUCAGCGACUGUCGCUAUGACAACUGCGGCUCCAACAACCACUGUGACAUCCGCGACUGUCGCCAUGACAACUGCUCCUCCAACAACCACUGUGACAUCAGAGACUGUCGCCAUGACAACUGCCGCUCCAACAACCACUGUGACAUCCGCUGUAACAGUUGCCAUGACUACAGCAGCAGCUAAAACCACAACUCUCACAACAACUGUCGCUGACACCACACAUUCACCUACAGAGACGUCUCCAGCUACAACCAUCACAAUGGCAACAACAGCCGUACCUGUUGCCACCACAUCCAUGACAACAGCAGGAAGUACAACCACACUGGACAACCGCAUCCACAGAGACACGCCAAAGCCCAGAGGAGACGUCCACAUUCCACGAUAUGAACACAAUCUGUUUGACUGGGACUUUGAUGUAGAGCUGGGAAACACAGCAGAAUACACACACGACGAUCCAGGGGCUGGUGCCGUGAGCUGCACGUUUGAUAAAGGUUUGUGUGUUUGGAUGUCAGAUUCGGGAGAUCUUCACUGGAACAUCAAAGAAGAUCCUGCAGGAGGACGAUACAUGACAGUACCAGACGCUACCAGCAGGCGGAGCAUCAGAGGGGCGCGGUUUACACUGCCCCUGGCUCCGCCCAUGAAGGCGUGGAGGAGCAAUCAACUUUGUUUGUCAUUCAGACACCGCCUUCAUGGACACCACAUUGGCUCUCUGCAAGUGUUUGUAAGGAAGGGGCGGAGUCACAGCCCAUCCAUCUGGACCAGUACUGGAGGACACGGCUGGAAACACACCCGAAUCACACUCUGGGGGCGGGGUCUUGAUGAUAUUGUGUUGAAGGGUGAAAGACGACGAGGGAAACAUGGAGAGAUCGCUGUGGAUGAUCUCAGUCUGAGCAGAGGAGCCUGUCCGCAGACUGACACACACUCUCUCCAGAGACUGCUAUGGGUUUUUAUACACAACGAGUGUGGUUAUCAACACUAUAACCUAUCACACUCGAACCCCAACAGAGAUUUGUCUGGAUUUUCACCAUUAAAACACAGAACUUAAGUGACUAGUUUUAUAAUGUUUUAUUAAAACAAGGAAAUCACCAAAGAGAGGUUUUACUCAGGGUUGUUGGGUUUUGCUCACUUUUGGAACCAAAAUAUGGUAAAGUAAGCAGAACACGGCACAUGUUGUGCUUAGAUGUUUUACACAAUGACUUUUAUACAUGUUUUUAUAUUUUUGGUGUAUAAAAUGAAACUCUUUAACAGACGGUCAUAUUUCAGAUGCGAGCUGUGUGUAUUCUCUGGUGUUUGUGGAGGUGUUGUGUGUUUUAAUCUGCUGGUCAGUCUUUUCUUUUACUUUUAUACUGUAUUUUGUUGUGUAAAAUUGUAGUUUUAAAAUUGUGUUUGGUGUUACUAGUUACUGUAAUUUAAUUACUUUCCCUUGAAAUAGUAAAGUAAGGGAUUACUCUUAUUUUUCUGUAAUUUAAUUACAGUUUCUUGUGAUGUAAUUGAACUAAAUAUUGUGUAAUAUAUUCAAUAGUGGAAACAGCAUACAAAUUACAAGUCUAACUUUAAAAUUAAUGCUUUAAUGUGUCCCUCUCACAUUUGUAUACUUUGGUCAGUUAAUAAGAAUCAUUUAUGUAGUUAUUUAUUAUUUAUUUGAACAAAUUAAAAGAGUUGUUUCUUGUCUAUUCUUAAAUCACUGAACUCAUCAAGGUUAAUGUAGGAAAUAAAAAGUCAUUAGUAAUAAGUCUUAAAUAUUUUUUGGAGAGAGUCAUUUGUACAGUAAUCUAAUUACACUAUUGAACAUGUCAUUAGUAACUAGUAAUUCAUUACUUUUUCAGAGUAACUCACACAACAGUGGUUUUACACCAACACCUCACAGCACAUGUCUGUUUUACUUCCUCUCUCUCUCUAAAGCAGGUGUGCUUCACAUGUCUUGUGACAGAUAAAGGGCACCUGAAGGACACUGAGCCCACAUGUGUGCGUGAGUGACUGAUGUGAGAUCAGUGUUUAACAAACGAUCCUGAUGUUCAGUGCUUUAGCGCCUCCUGGAGGCUGUGCGGAUGCAUCACACAUGGACGGAUCUCAGCACACCUCACUCUGGGUAUUUCUGCACUGUAUAGUGUAUGUGUUCUUUCUGUGUCUGUACAAUACUAUUUCCCAUAAUGCACUGCAGUGUAUUCCACUUUGAAUAAACUGAGUAAAAUGA